UGCGCUGAUGAAGCUGUUCAUUUUUGCCUGGAGUAAGUUGCUGCUCCUCAUCUUUGUCUGAAUGAAGGCUGAGCUUUCCUCAGACUGAAACAUCCUACCCUCUGAAAACAUCCGUGAGCAUUACACUGUUUUAUUUUCAGUUCCUUUCUCGUUCGGGGUUAAAUUGUUGACUCGCAAGAAUUGAACAAUAGGGAAGUGAAUCCAGGGAAGGGCCAGAUUCGGGAAAGGAUAUUUGAAGGGGAGGAUUUGAAGGAAGAAUUCUGGAACUGACAAGAUUUGAAAUCAAUCAAUCUGUCAGGAUCUGAAUGUCAUAGAUCUUUAACCAUGGAAGAAGAAAUAUUCCUCUCAUCAGUCUGCUUCACAAGGUUUAAAAAAUGAAUGUGACUGGAGAAAGAUUGUGAGACACACAUGAAUGAGAGUGUUUUAGUGCUCUGACAGUGAAGAAAAGCUGUAACUAAUUUAACAGCCUGAAAAAGAAAUUAUAGUUCACAGCAGAGAGAGGAAGAGAGACCAUACGUAUGUUCUGUGUGUGUGAACAAGGCUUCAACUGAUUGUUAAACCCUGAGAGACACACUCUCAGCAUGAAUAAAUCCUGGAAAUGUGGACAAUGUGGGGAAGGAUUCCCUUCCCCAUCUGCACUUGACAUUCAUGAGCGCAGACACACUGGAGAGAAGCCAUUCACCUGUUUCAUGUGUGAGAAAGGUUUCAUUUCCGUCUCCAAUCUGCUAAGACACCAGCAGCUUCACGCUGGCAAGCGACCAUUCACCUGCUCUGCAUGUGGGAAAGGAUUCUGUGAUUCACACAACUUGCUGCAACACCAACGGAUUCACACUGGGGAGAGGCCAUUCGCCUGCUCUCAUUGUGGCAAGGGAUUCACACAGUUAUCCAACCUGCAUGUCCACCAGCGCGUUCACACUGGGGAGAAGCCUUUCAUUUGCUCUCAGUGCGGGAGGGGAUUCACGCAGUUAUCCAAUCUGCAAACGCACCAGCGAGUUCACACCGGGGAGAGGCCAUUCAUCUGCUCUCAGUGCAGGGAAGGAUUCUCUCGAUUAUCCAACUUGCAGAAACACGAGCGAGUUCACACAGGGGAGAGACCGUUCAUCUGCUCUCAGUGUGGGAAGGGAUUCACACAGUCAUCCCACUUGCGGAAACACCAACAGAUUCACACCAAGGAGAGGUCAUUCACCUGCUCUCAGUGCGGGAAGGGAUACAAUCGAUUCUCCAGUCUGCAGAAACACCAGCGAGAUCACCAGUGACUGCAGGAGUGUUUUCUGCUGUUAGUGUUGCUGCCCAUCACAUUCAGGACCAAACUAUGUUGAUUCUGCCAGUGGGUGAAGUGGGAGGCUCAGAGGGUUUCUUUCUGCUGGACUGGCCACCUCAGCACUUUGCAUCCAAUGUGGCGGAUGCUUCAAAUGCCAUAAGGAAUUGAUGAAUGAGAGGAAGGUUUGGGAGGUAGAAGUUCUUCAGUUUACAUUUCAUGUUCUCCACGUUGGCAUGGAAACGGUCACGAUAGGCGGUAGUUUUAUUUAAUUGACGUGGGGAUGCUUCUCACAGAAGUUCCUUGGAAAUUUGUAAAGGUGGCAGCUCAUUUGGAAUCGCUUAGGGGGAAAAGAAGCCAGAAGGUUUGCUGAGCUUGGAUCUGGAGGAAGAAAUCUCCAGUAAGGCUCUCACUGAGUCAUGUGGUGGCAGGAAGCUGUUCUACAUCAAACAAAUGAAUGAGGAUCAGAAAGGCCAUUCAGCCUUUCGACACUGUCUCACCAUGUGACAAGAUAAUGAUGGAUCGGAUUGUCACAUCCACUCCCAUGUUCCUGUCUGAACCCUCGAAGCGUUGUCCUGAAGAUGGUCAAAACAAUGGUGCAGAAGACGUAACUGAAUCAAUGGAACUGAUCUGUUUUUACUGGUGGGACGUUUAAAGCAAAUUGCUGGAGAUCAUGGAGUAAAUCAGUGUUGAUAAAAGCAGAUGGUGUUUUUCCAGGCAAUGUUGCACCAAAAGGGGAAGCUCCUGAGAAACUCAUCCUUCCUAAUGCAUUUCCCACGAGCGCAAAUAGUUGCGAGGGAUUUGGAAGCAUUUAUAUAUUUGGGGAAGUCAUUUCCAGAUGUCCAAGAAGGAUUUUUAUUUGGAGUUGCUGGCUCAGCUGAAAUCGUAUGAGGGAAAGCUUUGGACCUUUUCAUUGUGUUAAUGCAUGUUAUUGCGGGGAAAUGUGUGUCGAAGAUACUUGCCAGAAUAUUGUGAAUAGUUUUGGGGCCUCUGAUUGAAGGACAGAUAUACUGGGCAUUGAGGGUGUGCACUCGGCUGGCCCUAGGCAUAGAGGGGCUGCUGAGAGGGGAAGAUGAACAGAUUGGGCUUGUACAUGUUGCAAAAUAGAGCAAUGAUACAGGACCUUACAGAAAAGUGUCUCAGUGGUUAGCGCUGCUGCCUCGCAGUACCAGAGAUCGAGGUUCGAUUCCGGCCUCGGGUGAUUC